UCUCUCCUGGCCUUCAGCUUCACGAAAAGAUCAGUGUUGGGUUCAGUUUCAAGACAUCAUUUGUGUGACUGGUGCACCUCAAGUGCAGGGACAUAGUGCUCGAUUUUAUAAACUGUCUACCCAGGAUGACAUUCAGAUUAAAAAUAAAUUACCAGCAUUUCUGUAAUUAAAUGUGGAUAUAAAGUUGUACCUGUAUAUUAACACAUUCUAAUUAUGAAUACUUUCUGGAUACAUUUUGAUUUUUAAACUUAAAAGAAGUUUUUGUGCAGUGAUUCAAGUGUUUACUUCAACCUCGAGCUCUUAAACGGGGACUAGAAAGUUAGGUGAUGUUUUAUUAGACAAUGGAUCCCUACCUGCCUGCAUCACCACUGGUGGAAACCUUUGAUGAAUUUGAUGAACCUGUCCCAAUGCAUCACAGCUACUGUCAACAGCUUUCCAUGGAUGAAAUAGAGGAACAGUCAGAAACAGCAACACAAAGAGGCCUUAAUGACUUGAUUAAAUACUUGGAACAAAAUCCAGAGGCAUAUGCUAAGAUAAUGCGUAAAAAAAAAGUUGAAGAUUUGGAAAAUGGUGGAAUCUUUUCUUACUUGAAGGUGAAAAUGAUGAGUGUUCUUCAUGGGGACCAGUACCCAGCAUGCCUUGUAACACCUGAAGAAACAUGCAACCAAUUAAAUGAAGUCAAAAGUGGAAUGAUAAGAGCCUUCCAAUAUUCCCAAGAUUCCAAAGGAAGACGGUUUUCUUCUCGGCUUGCCAAAAAGAGAAAAGUCGACGAAAUCCAGACCUGUGAUGAAAAGCAAUCUUCUCGUAGACGCUGUGACAAGUCUAACACUCGAUACGUCCGUUGUCGAGCUGUGUCCUCUCAACAUGCUUCGCCGACUUUGAUUCCUGUCGCAAAAAUAGCACCCAGUGACUCGACGUUGGCUGUCCCAACACCUCCACCACCUCCACCACCUCUUGUUCAGACACCAAGGACAAGGUUACAGCUACAGAGACCACCACUUCACAAAGAAAAUGUUUCUCCUACUGAAAGUAUUUCAGACCAUGAGUUUGUGACACCACCAGAAAGAACCAAGAAGCACCAGAGAACUGUAUCUAAUGGAUCGAUUACUUCCAUGACAUCAAUUACAUCACUCUCGAGCAUCCACUCUGAACUAAUGUCAUCAAACCCACUCAAGAAACUCAAAUGUACAGAUAUUACCAGAUCCCCUGGAGGGACUCCUCUUCGACCGAGAGCAAGCGGCUUCGCUCCGUCCGAGCCUCUCCACAAAGCCCUGAUCAAUGUGAUGAAGAAGAAGUUCCGAAACGUCCGCACUCCUAGUCCACGAUCUGCCAAUCACAGUCGGAACUCGAGUCACAAUAAUUCUUCAAGCUUCAGUCCCGGUUUCUGUCUCUCACCAUAAGGAUGGUGGCAUGCCAUUUGUCAAUGUGAAUUCUCUUUUGCAUUUGCAUAUUAAUCAUUUGCCCGUUUUGUACGUUUUUGUGUUUCUCUUAUUAUUGCUGCUAUUCAGAAAGAGUCACUAUUCUAUUCUUAUUCUUUUCUUCUUUUUUUUUUCUUUUUUUUUUAUCCCACUGUCCCAUUUCUUUUCUUUCCUCUGGAUUCUAUCUUAUUUCUUGCCCAUCUGGAAGCUCCUCCUAUCUUUCAACUUCUUAUCAGUGUCCACCUCCACAGAGGCGGAUCUAGGGAGCCCCCAGGGUCCUGCCCCCCCCCCCCCCCUAAAUUUUGCAAUAGUUAUAAAUUUAUUAUAUAUUAAUUUUCAUUUUUUUUACGAUCCCCCUUCAAAUCUUCCCCAAAGUUCCCAUGACAUUCAACCUCAUGUCACUGGGCCCCUUCCCCAAAUGGAUUUUCUGGAUCCGCCACUGUUCCACAUCUUGGUCCUUGUCUCUCCAACCGUGACAGGUGAUUUUCUCUUGUGACCAUUCAUGGCACACACCUGCCAUUUCCCAUCAGCUUUAGCUGUAGACUUAGUCUGAUCACUUCGGAGAGUUCUCGGUUGUGACUUCUGGCAUUGUUAAGAGGCACUUGUAACCACCUACUAUACUCCCCUACUACCAGCAACUUUAUUAGCGGUAGAGGACGAGGUUGCCAGGUGGGGGGGGGGGGGGGGCAGGGAAGUACACAGAGUUUCAUUACUGAACAUAACGCUUUGCCAUUAGGUUAAAUGUGUCCUUUUAGUUUAUCUGGAGAAUAUCCUCUAUUACUGGAUCCUGAAUCUUUUUGAACUACAGUCCCACUUUUAGUCCCAUACCGGUCCAACUGGAGGGGACUAUAUCAGUGGUUGACAAAUGUUUGAGAAAGUCACUAUAGGCUUUGUAUCUGUCCAUCUGUCUGCAAAUAAAGAUGCUGGACUGUUUUCUUCUCUCUUUUUUUUCCAAUAUGUUUUCAUGCAAUUAGUACAACAGAUUUAGACAUUUAUCACCAGUAAAAAACAUGUUAUGUUGUCACCAAGCAGAAAUAUUGCUUGUCAAAAUAUUGCUUAUUGAUAACAUGGUAAGACAUGUGUGGAAAAGGUACUGUGUAUUUGCACUAAUCAAUAAACUUUUGUGCAGUUGCCUUAACGGAAAGACAAUCUUAGGAUGACCCAACCUCAGAAUUUGACACUACAUUUUGACCUUAUUAUUAAAGAUGGUAAAGAACUCAUUGUGUUAUGACAUUUAUACAGUUUAAAAUUAUAUAAAAUGUGGAUUUAAACAUAUUCUUUAUAUUUUUGAUUUUUUUUAUCUACACAUGUUUUUUUGCGUUCUAAUCAUAUUAAUUUUUUUGUGAACUACAAUAAAAACUGUAUUACUAAAUCAUCAUGUGAACAGUAUAUUGUAUGGUUUGUUAUGAAUAAAAAUGAUUUUAUGUCCUUUGUAUAAGUUACAUAAAUUUACUAUUGUAGUUCAUUCAUUUGUGGAUAAUAUGUAUGUUUUGUAUUAUUUCAUACAUAUUGCUAACUAUAUGGAAUGUGGAUGGAAUAGCAACCGUUAUGUUCUUUUGUUUAUAUGUAUUUGUGUUUCUUUACUUUCUCUUUUUCACAUUAAUCUCAUUUAUUACUCCUGUAAUAAAAAAAAUAUUAUCCACAA